AUGAAGAUUGAAAUCGUCGGAAUCGACACACCGCCUUUACUCCAAUUUUGGAGCGGGGCUGAAGUAAGUCCGUUUGUCGCAUUUUACGAUGGCAACAUAUCCACGGCAGUAAUAUUCUUACCAGAAGCUGUAGAUCGGAAGGACUCCAUUGCUCGAAAUAAGGUAGAACUGUUGGGAAAGAAAAGUCCCAAUGGCGCAUUAUACGACGGUAGGGUAGCCACGGCACAAGCAAACUUGCCACGUAAUGGACUACACCUGAAGCAUCAGCCAUUGAGACAUGUGCAACUGACCGGAUUCAAGAUCUCAAGUGCAGAUAUUAUUAUUUAUAACGAAGAAUUCCUGUCCAUGGCACGCACAUUGGUGCUUGACUUUAAAGAAUUCCUGGAGGACCAACUCACAAGCCUCAUGAACCUUGAUCUACUCAAGCGUGAGCUAAGUCUAUCUACUGCCUAUAACCAAACAAUGUUUGCCACAUUGGAUCCAGGUGAGGUUGAAUCUCGUAUAGUGAUCCCUCCCUCUAACCCACGGUAUCUGGCUGAACUCAAGAAAGACGGACUCCCCUUUGUCGCAUUUUACGAUGGGAUCGUAGCCACGGCAGUAAUAUUCUUGCCCGGUGAUGUAGAUUAUCUGAAGAGCCCUCCCAACAGCGCAAGGAACAAGACAGAACCUGGGGAAAGGGAAGGGCCAUUUGUCGCAUUUUACGACGGGGUGGUAGCCACGGCACAGAUAUUCCUACCAGGAGCUGUAGACCAGACAGAUGCCUUGACAUCGAGCCCUAGAAACAAAGUAGAACUUGUGAAAAAGAGAAAUCCUUACUUUGCAUUUUACGAUGAGAGUGUAGCCCGAACACAGGCAAUCUUACCACGUAAUGUACAACGCCUGAAGCAUCAACCAUUGAGACAUGUGCAACUGGUCGGAUUAAGAAAUAUGGAGAGUCCAUAUAUCACACAUAACGAAGAAUUCCUGUCCAUGGCACGCACAUUGGUGCUUGACUAUAAAGAAUUCCUGGAGGACCAACUCACAAGCCUCAUGAACCUUGAUCUACUCAAGCGUGAGCUAAGUCUAUCUACUGCCUAUAACCAAACAAUGUUGGCCACAUUGGAUCCAGGUGAGGUUGAAUCUCGUGUAGUGAUCCCUCCCUCUAACCCACGGUAUCUGGCUGAACUCAAGAAAGACGGACUCCCCUUUGUAGCAUUUUACGAUGGGAUCGUGGCCACGGCAGUAAUAUUCUUGCCCGGUGAUGUAGAUUAUCUGAAGAGCCCUCCCAACAGCGCAAGGAACAAGACAGAACCUGGGGAAAGGGAAGGGCCAUUUGUCGCAUUUUACGACGGGGUGGUAGCCACGGCACAGAUAUUCCUACCAGGAGCUGUAGACCAGACACAUGCCUUGACAUCAAGCCCUAGAAACAAAGUAGAACUUGUGAAAAAGAGAAAUCCUUACUUUGCAUUUUACGAUGAGAGGGUAGCCCGAACACAGGCAAUCUUACCACGUAAUGUACAACGCCUGAAGCAUCAACCAUUGAGACAUGUGCAACUGGUCGGAUUAAGAAAUAUGGACAGUCCAUAUAUCACACAUAACGAAGAAUUCCUGUCCAUGGCACGCACAUUGGUGCUUGACUUUAAAGAAUUCCUGGAGGACCAACUCUCAAGCCUCAUGAACCUGGCCCUACUCAAGCGUGAGCUAAGUCUAUCUACUGCCUAUAACCAAACAAUGUUGGCCACAUUGGAUCCAGGUGAGGUUGAAUCUCGUGUAGUGAUCCCUCCCUCUAACCCACGGUAUCUGGCUGAACUCAAGAAAGACGGACUCCCCUUUGUAGCAUUUUACGAUGGGAUCGUGGCCACGGCAGUAAUAUUCUUGCCCGGUGAUGUAGAUUAUCUGAAGAGCCCUCCCAACAGUGCAAGGAACAAGACAGAACCUGGGGAAAGGGAAGGGCCAUUUGUUGCAUUUUACGAUGGGAUCGUAGCUACGGCAGUAAUAUUCUUGCCUGGUCAUGCAAAACCCCUGGUGCCAGCGCCACCAACUCCAAGAAGCUCAACUCAAAUGGAGACUGAGCCAAGCCAAGACAUCAUUUCUAAUGAAAGGAAAUUAACCAAGCCACGCGUCCUUCUACCGUUUCUUCAGAAGGAGGUACCACCGGAAAUGGUGCCCCCAAAACCACGACCGCUAGUUCGACCCCAGUGGAGUCGGGUUGAAAAAUGUCGUCUGCUCAGAGACAAACUGGACGGACUUCCGCUGAGGUACAAGCCCCGCACGACCAAGUACAUCAGCUUCAAGGAGAACGAAAUGGACACCAAGCGGCGUAUCCUCAACGCCAUCCCAUCCCUGAAGCCUGUCCCCCCUGGCAGCUGCCUGGCCCGGAGUCCGCUCACACCCUGGUACUGGCUUGAGGACACAUACCCCGACAUGGUCUCGGCCUCCCUGAAGGACCUGGCCACUCAACACAUGAAGUACUUCAGGGCAAUUCCCAGCAGGGCACCAGCUCAACAGGCAGGUCGAUCUCAGAUCCAGAUCAUGGAGGACCUGUACUGGGAGGAGGUGAAGAAGAUGCGUGUACCGGAGACAGCAGACGAGAAUUAUAGCAGGCUUCAGCUGGUGAGGUGCUUCAUCAGGAAAAUCCAGUGUGGAUCCAUCAUCAAAGAGACCAGUUUAAUAUCUGAGGGUAAAGACAAACCUGGGGACUUGUCACAAGUAAACACCAAGACUGCCCAGUUAAACUACACAGCCUGCCUUAACACUAACAACAACGGUUACACCAAAGAAGAAGGCGACUGUGACCUGGACACUGUCAACUCUUCUGUCUUUGGAUCCAAGUCAGACCGAGGGUUCUCAAGAGGUCAGGAUGUUGUCCGGAAUAAGCCAAGGCACAGCUAUCUGAACAAACGCCACUCUGAUGGCUAUAGAUCAAGAAACAGGAGGCCAACUGGUGCGGACGGAGCAUAUGUUGAUUGUGACAAAACGUGUGUAGAACCUGAAAAAAGAAAGACGAACGCAGCUGAGGAUACAGCUCAGCUCACCGAUUCCACACUGCAGCAGUGUCACAGCCGGGACGCAAAACUGCCACAAGGAAAAGAAGACAAAAUAUUACUUUCAAUCAAAAGGCAUCCUGAGAGGGGUCUUAUGCCUCCAGCUACAUACAGGGCUCCUACCUCGGGACAUCAUGGAAACCAUUUGAAUAAAGUGGUAGUGCCCCCGUUAGAUCUUCAGGACGACUCCAAGCAUCUCAAAGAGUUGUUCAAAGACGUCUCGCAAUACAAUUCCCUCUGUGAUGUUCCAGACUCCGUUAAGGAGAGAGUGGUCCUGCUGAUAUGCACACCAUUUCUUGAAGGCGGAUACAGCAGUGGCUUGUGUUUCUUAUCAAACCUUAUAGAGAGCUCCGAGGAAUCUAGUCCUGGACGACCUUGGCAGAACCUGGAACAGUGCCUAGAUCAGUGCGGAUCAACAGAAGGGACUGCACAGAACCAUACAAGCCCUUCAAUGGAGAGUGAAGAGUACAGCACUAUCCAGAUGGAGAGAGACCUAUGGUACAGAGAGGCCCACUAUAGGAGGUAG